AUGGAGCACGCUCGCGCGCCAUCCAGCGACGUCUCGGUAGCUCCAAGCACGACAACCAGAUCAUCCUCGCUUUUCGACGAAGCCAUCUGGUUCCUGCAGCCGGACCACCACGAUGAAUUGCAAUUCGAGCUGGACAACGGCGUCCCGGUGGUCAAGGGAGGCACCGCGGGCGCGCUGGUCGAAUACCUCACUCGACACGAUAAACUCGACACAGCAUUCAACCAGGUCUUUCUCCUCACGUUUCCCUCCUUCAUGACGAGCGCGCAGCUAUUCGCCAUGCUGAUGGAGCGAUUCUACAUCCAACACCCGGACGGACUAACCCAGGCCGAAUACCAGAUCUGGCUAUCGCACAAAAAGAAACCGACGCAGCUGCGGGUCAUCAAUGUCCUCAAGCGCUGGCUGGAGUACACCUGGGUAGAGCCCGACGACGACGAAGCCCGCGCCCUGCUUAAAAAGAUUUACGAAUUCGCGCUCGACUCUAUCCCGGCGAUCAAAACCCCGGGGUCGAAUGGGUUGAUUAAUGUCAUUGAGCGGCGCUUACAAGGGGACCGGAACGUGCGAGGCCACCAGCGCGUUUCACUGCAGAGUGUCGCUUCCCCGCCGCCGGUGCUGCCCAAGAAGAUGAAGAAGAUCAAGUUCUUGGACCUCAAUCCGACGGAGCUUGCGCGGCAAUUGACGCUACUGGAAUUGCGACUGUACGAUAAAAUACGGCUGGAGGAGUGCCUGAACAAAGCGUGGCAGAAAAGGGCAGGGUUGGAACCAGCGCCGAGAAUCAGAGCGAUGAUCCAUCAUUCCAACCAGCUGGCGAAUUGGGUUGGGAAUCUGAUUCUCGAGCAAUCGGAUCUCAAGAAGCGUGUGCGGUUGAUUAAACACUUUAUUGACAUCUUGGAGGCCUGCUACGACAUGAGAAACUACUCGACCUCAAUCGCCGUCGUGUCCGGACUUGGAACAGCACCGAUACACCGGCUGGCUCGGACGUGGUCCCAAGUUAGUGAGCGCUCCAUGGCGACCUUCCAACGGAUACAGCGUCUCGUCAAUAGCACGAGGAAUUUCAUCGAGUACCGAGAGACAAUGCGGGCAGCGAGUCCCCCAUGCAUUCCCUUCCUUGGCGUCUUUCUCAUGGACCUAACCUUCAUCGAAGACGGCAACCCCGACCACACCCCUGCCGGCCUAAUAAACAUGGACAAGCGCGCAAAGUCGGCCGCCGUAAUUCAGGAGCUACAGAACUACCAGUCCUCCGAAUACGUAUUCCAACCGGUACCCGACCUCCAAGAUUACCUGAUCAGCAGCACCCAAGCCGCCGAAGACAUGGCGAGCAAACACGAUCGCAGCCUGGAAUUGGAGCCGCGAACGCGCGUGGAAAUGAGCGGCGGCGGCGCCCCCUAUGUUUCUACCGGAACCCACAUGACAGGCAUCCUCGUUGCAAGCAUGGCGAUGGGAGAUUGA